AUCAACAAAACAAGAAAACUGAAAAAUGAACUCCUAAUUCAAGAAGAAAAUAAAGGCUACGCAGAAGCGAGAACUCCUUUGCGCUGCGGACGAAACCCUCAGCCGCCUGCUCGCCUCUGCCCGGAAUUCACCCUUUCUCCGCCGACGUCGGAUACCGAUCAGCCAAACACGACGUUGCCCCCCUCUGCUGCAUCAACCCUUCGCCUCUGCGCAGCGGCUCAACGCGAUCACUCCUCCAGCGGCACUAUAAAGCAAAAAGGUGUAAGAAAUUUGAUAGGAGAGGGAUAAACUAUCAGUCUAUCAGAGUAAUGAGAAGUAACCAACUGGUGGCACAAAUCCCAGCGAGCCUCGGCCAUGAACUCAGGGCUUCUCUCAGCCGCCGUCUUGUCAAAACAUAUGACCAGCACUACUAGUGCUGGUUCCCCAUUUAUUGAACCCAGACCCACCCCUGUCUCUACCGGUUUUGGCACCGAUACCCUCACUCGCCACCGCCGGCACGGUAUCGAGUCCGGAUGUGGAAUUGCUGCUACCGGUUCUGGACUGUGUCGUUUCCAAGUCUACGCAAAAGUGGUUUGCCCCAAGUUUUAUUGGUGUAAAUAAAGUUGCAAGCAGUCAUGAAAUAUUCAAGUCCCAAAAAGCAUUGGAGUGCAGUCACAGUUUUUGCCAAGCGAUUUUACUCUGGGAAACAUAAUUUUGAAGUUCAUGUGGAUGCCCUCAGCAUCAAAACUGGGUUUGACCCAAGAACAUCUAGGUUCAACUUUCAGCUGAAGAAUUUAAUGAGAAGCAAUCGGAUUGCUGAGGCGGAAGAACUCUAUGAACAAAUGCCUUGCAAAAACACUUGCUCGGUAAAUAUGAUGAUAUCAGGGUAUGUUAAUUCUGGCAAUCUUUCUCGUGCUGGUGAGGUGUUUGAUAGCAUGUCUGAGCAAACGGAGGUGUCUUGGACAAUAAUGAUUGGAGCAUACUCGCGUCAUAAGCAGCCCAAGGAAGCUUUUACACUCUACGCUCGAAUGUGUAGAUCGGGGAUGAAUCCUGAUUAUAUCACCUUUGCUACACUUUUAUCUAGCUGUGAUGGCACAUCAACUGCAAUUGAAGUGCUUCAGAUUCAUGCGCAUAUCGUUAAGUUUGGAAUCAGUUCAAAUAAUAUGGUUUGCAAUAGCUUGGUGGAUUCGUACUGCAAGUGCCAACGCCUUGAUAUAGCCCUUCAACUCUUCGAAGAAAUGGCUGCUAAAGAUUCGGUGAGCUUUAAUGCAAUGAUAACAGGAUUCUCCAAACAGGGUGCAAAUGGAGAAGCAGUAAAGCUCUUUCAAGAAAUGCAAUACUUGGGUCUGAAGCCUUCAGAUUUCACUCUCGCGGCAGUGAUAGGCGCCGUUGUUGGAUUAGAUGAUGCUACAUUUGGGAGACAAGUUCAUGCACUUGCAAUUAAGACUAGCUAUGUGUGGAAUGUAUUUGUAGGGAAUGCCUUCCUUGACUUUUACUCCAAACAAAACCUUUUAGGUGACACAAGUAAACUCUUUGAUGAAAUGCCCGAGUUGGAUGGGGUUUCUUAUAAUAUUAUAAUUACAGGGUUUGCAUGGGAUGGUCAGUAUGAGAAAGCAUUCCAUCUCUUCCACAAAUUAAAGAAUACUAUGUUUGAUAGAAGGCAUUUUCCUUUUGCAACCAUGCUGAGCAUUGCAGGAAUUACUCAGAAUUUACAAUGGGGAAGGCAACUCCAUGCACAAGCUAUAGUGACUAAAGCAGAUUCAGAGAUACAAGUAGGGAAUGCUCUAGUUGACAUGUAUGCAAAAUGUGACAGACUAGAGGAAACAAAUUCUGUUUUCACAAACCUGGCUUAUAGUUCUGUUUCAUGGACAGCAAUAAUCUCUGUAUAUGUUCAGAAGGGCCUUUUUGAGGAAGCCGUGACGUUGUUCAAGGAAAUGGCUAGAGAAAAUGUUCAUGGUGAUCAGGCUACUUUUGCAUGUGUAGUAAAAGCUUCGGCAAGCUUGGCUUCAGUUUCGCUUGGGAGGCAAUUACACUCAGAUAUAAUCAGACUAGGAUUGAUGUCAAAUGUUUUCUCAGGAAGUGCACUCCUGGACAUGUAUGCAAAAUGUGGGGCUAUAAAAGAUGCAAUUGAGAUUUUCAAGGAGAUGCCUGAUAGAAAUAUAGUGUCCUGGAAUGCAAUGCUUUCAGCUUAUGCUCAAAAUGGUGACGAUGAAGCUACCCUGAGGUCCUUUAAACUGAUGACUGAAUCUGGUCUUUAUCCUGACACAGUUAGUUUCCUCAGUGUCUUAACUGCAUGCAGUCAUCAUGGGCUUGUUGAAGCUGCACAAGAGUAUUUCAGUUCCAUGACCCAAUCAUAUAAUUUGGAACCAAAGAGAGAACACUAUACUACUAUGGUUGAUGUGUUGUGUAGAAACGGACGAUUUGAUGAAGCAGAGAAAUUAAUCUCUGAAAUGCCUUAUGUGCCGGAUGAGAUUCUCUGGUCAUCAGUUUUGAACGCAUGCAGAAUUCAUAAGAAUCAUGAACUUGCCAGAAAAGCUGGUGACCAACUAUUCAAUAUGAACAUGUCAAGUGAUGCCGCUGCUUAUGUUUAUGUCAAUAUGUCAAACAUCUAUGCAGAGGCUGGCCAAUGGAAUAAAGUAGCAAGAGUGAAAAAGGAUAUGAGGGAAAGGGGAAUUAAGAAAGUAGCAGCAUGUAGUUGGGUUGAAAUUGACCAUGUUGUUCAUAAAUUUACUGCAAAUGAUAUGACCCACCCACAAUUUGAGGCAAUUAGAAAGAAAAUUGACUUAUUGGGGAUGCAGAUGGAAAAGGAAGGAUACAACCCGAACACAAAGUGUGCCCUACACAAUGUAGAUGAAGGAGUUAAAUUAGAAUCACUCAAGUAUCAUAGUGAAAGAUUAGCUAUCGCGUUUGCUUUGAUUAGUACUCCAGAAGGGUCGCCUAUUGUAGUGAUGAAAAAUUUGCGAGCUUGUAUAGACUGUCAUGAUGCCAUCAAAAUAAUUUCAAAAAUUGUUGGGAGGGAGAUUAGUGUUCGAGAUUCAAGCAGAUUCCAUCAUUUUAAAAAUGGAUCAUGUACCUGUAGAGACUACUGGUGACAUAACUAUUUGGAAACAGUAUAAUAGUCAUAUUUCAAAUGAGCCUCUAUUUAACAUAUUGGAUUAUGCUGGUCUGUAUGCAUUUUCUCUUGAGUGAGCAUAGUUAUCUGUUUCGGGAACCUUACCUCCACAGCUCCACCAAGAUGCGGAGGCGGAGCGCUAAUCCUGUGUGAUUCAUGGGCUUUGAAUUGAAGGGCCUAACUAUUUGAAAGGUUCUAAUAUGCUUGAACUGAAAGAGGUUGAAGUCAUUGAGCAAACGAGUUGCAGACAUUGAAAAGAGGAUCCAGUUGCAAAGCGGGUAGCAACAUCUCCUCCUUCCAAGGAUGUCCUAGAAGACCAGGCCACCUUGUCACAAACUGACUCCCUUUCACAAUACAACGAGGUAUUGUAGAUUUGUCUUAGUAAAUUGUCUUGUUCUCCUUCAAUGAAAGGUACACCACACGUUAAGGGAGUCCCUUGAUUGGUUUUAGAUUUCAUUUCUUCAAACUCUCUUUCAUUGAAAUGUGAGAAUUCACUAACUUAUUACGGGUAAUGCACUAAUACUGCUUUAACACCAUAUUUCACACCACCUUCAUUUUUGUACUCACAAAUACUCACUCAUGCAUGUCUAUGUGCGUGCCCUAAGCACAAAAAAUGAAUGUGGUUUGAAAGGCGGUGUUAACAUAGCAUUUGUCACUCAUCACCCUUUUCACUAAUCACUACAUCCAAGUAAUAUUGCACUACAUCCAAGUAAUAUAUCCUUUUCCUUUUAAAGUAAGAUGGUGUGGUUUAUAUUGAUUCUUCCACAUCUAAAUAGAUAACCACACAAAUACAUUGCCCAUGAAACCAUAUAUGUGGAAUUGACGCAUGAUGAUGAUAGUUUUAGAAUUUGCAUCUCAUUGUUCCUGCUUAUAAAGGUUACUAGUGGGACGUCAUCUGGUUUAUUACAUUGUCACCGUGCUUUUUGCCUGAAUUGGUUAAUUAAUCACUAUAAAUUUAAAGUCACUAUCAUUGACCACGACGAAGCUGGGAUUAAGGUGUUGGUAAUUGUGGUGAUUCUGAUGACAAAAACAUGUACUCCUUAUCAAUUAAAUGCGUAUAACUUUUUUAGCCAAAGGGAAUGUACUUCCCUUUCAUGUCUAUGUGAGAGAACUAAUGUUCCAUAUCUUUUGUUUAUCCUUUUCAUGAGAUUACCCCAAUUCUAAGUCUUUUUUCUUCAUCGUCAACGGCUACUUUUAACAAGGUAUAUGCAUGAUUGCCUUUAGCAUAGUGUCCUACUUAUUUAUAAAACUUUCAGCUCCUCCUUCCUUGUUGUUUGCUACAUCGUUGAAGCUUAAUUCUUCUUCGUCGAGAUCUUUUUGGCUAUCUUUUUUUUUAAAUCGGCUGCAGGUAUAUUAUUGUUGGAUCUUUUCCUCCUUUUUUGCUCUAGAAAAACUGCCCCCAUUUGUGCCGGUGCUCUCAUUUCUCAGCAUGCUAUGUUCAAACGUUAUAAGUACAGAGUACUUGUGAUUUAGAUGGUAUUUGGGAGUGAUUAACUUAUGGUUAAAGUGAUUUUCACAAAAUCUGAAAGCAAAAGCACCAUAUAUCUGCUUUUCCAAAAUGGUGUUCUAUGUACACAAUGAUGGUAUAGAAAAGCAGAAGUUGGUAUGCCAAACAGAAUAAAAUGAUUACCACACU